AAAAAUACAUGUGUUGGCAAUUUCAAACGUUUUUUUUUUUAUAUAGUUCACAUUUUGGAGAAAUGAAACCAUUACAUUUUUUUUUCUCAGCAGUGAUCUUUUUUUUUCAAUUUUACUGCCUACAAUCAGGAAAAGAAGUGUAAAAUUUACAGCGAGAUACUGAUGUUUUAGGAUGCAGCUUUUGGCUUUGUUUGCUUUUCUUUGGGUGGGAGUGCUGCUUCCCUCUGCUUCCUGUCAGGAUGGCUGUGCGAACCAUGGGAGAGAUGGUGCGAAUGGACUCCCUGGCCGGGAUGGUUUACCAGGAGCAAAAGGAGAGAAAGGAGCACCAGCUCUGCAGGAUGAGCUGAACAGUAUCAACAUAGAGGAGCUCAAAGGAGAGAUGGGCAGCAGAGGCCCCCCAGGAGAACCUGGUCUAAAGGGUUUCAUUGGUGAAAGGGGCCCACUUGGUCCCCCUGGUCCUAAGGGUCCUAAAGGACCCAGCGCAGGCAUUGGUGGCAUCGUCGCCAGUCAGAAGCCAGCUUUCUCUGUGUUGCGAAAAAGCCAAGAUCAUGCAUCAUAUGGCCAACCUGUGACCUUUGAAAGUAAACUUAGCAAUGUCAAUAAUGAUUUCAACCUUCAAACUGGCUAUUUCACUUGCAAGGUUCCGGGUGUGUAUUACUUUGUGUUUCAUGCAUCGUCUGAAGGACACUUGUGUCUCAGACUUAAGAGUGACUCUGCAUCUCCAGUCAGCCUAAGUUUCUGCGAUCAUAACCUACGAUCACAAUCUCUUGUUGUGUCAGGUGGAGCCGUACUCAAACUAUCCAGAAAUAAUAAAGUAUGGAUUGAGCCUUUCAAAGAUUCUGGUGGUAGCAAAAUGCCCAAAAGCAUGUCUGUAGUGUUCAAUGGUUUUUUAAUCUAUCCCAGCGAAUAGCAGACAUUUUAGCCUACAUAUAAAACACACUGCAAAUGUUUAUUGACUGAUCGUCAGGUUUUAGCCUACUGAAGUGAUGUAAGCAACUUAAAAACAUAAAUGAAACCAUGUAAUCUGCUUUGUUGUAUUCAGAUCUUGUAUUCAUGUGUUUUGUUUUAAAUGCUUUGUUGUCUUUGAUAAAUGUGUCAAAUGAACAAAUUCUAAAUAAAAGCAAUAGAACAUGA